CAAAAGCAUAAUAGGAGUAGCUACCCAAACUGAGAGCUCACAGUCGGACGCUCAGGCGGAGGGACCACGGCUGGUUUCAGACCUCAUUUAUAAAGGCGUCCGUGAUCAAUUUCGAAGGAAUAGUCAACCGAAAAAAACGAAGCAAAAGACAACAACAACAACAACAACAACAACAAAAAACACCUAAGGGCUAUUUCUAAUCUCUGUGCUGCCGCCGACACGUCUUCGGGUUUUAGUAACUUUUCAGGACUUAUUUUUUUUUCUUUCGUCCAAACGUUAAUUCAAGAUAUUGAGUUAACUGGAAUACCGGACUGACUCCGUGUGACAAGUUUGAGGGAAAAAAAAAUUUACUUUAUUUGACCACCGAAGACUACAUACUGUGGAAACCGAGAAAAGCAACGCAACAUUGUUCAUCCAGCGGGAAUAAGGAACAAAGACUGCCGUGCCAACGACAGACGCGCUCACCGGCGUCUCCACCGGACUGACUGAUAGUUUAUGUGAUUAAGAGUUGACGAGAAGAAACCGAAGACUUCUGCGACGAACAAAAUCCGGCGGUCCAUUUUAUUUAUUUUUGCAGUUGUUUCGGAUACUUUGUACUUUGUAGAAACACAGUUCAGCCUAAACCAACUACUGACAAGUCAAGAAAAGGCGCUUCAAGUUGACUCGUGGCAAUUUAUCAGCCCGAGUUUCCGAGCUAGCUGCUGUACAUGCCAUAAAUCCAGUAUAAUUUUUUGUCGAGGUUUAGUGCUUCUUCACAAUUGGAAAAUGUAUUGAGACAAACCGCUAAGUCGCCCACAACUCGUACGACUGGAGUUCCUAAACCAUUGUUCUGUUUUGGAGAGGAGCAAGUCCUUUGUCUGCCAGCGAGAUGAGUGUGAACCUCUCAACGCCCACUCUUCCUCUGAGCUUGAAACGAGUGGACUGCGAAGACUCCCACAGCACGGAUGUGCCGAAAUGCAAGCGACGCAGGCUGAGUCAGCCCCCCUCCCCUGGUCUGGCCCCCUGCCUGCGGCCUCUGAGCCACAGCGUGGAGCAUGCGGGCCCAGAAAGCCACCCUGUCUCCUCCAUUGGACCCUAUAUUCUACUGGAGGCCACAGAAGGCACUCAGACAUACAGGGCUGUUCACCGUGCUACAGAGCAGGUCUACACCUGUAAGGUGUUUUCCAUGAGGAAGUACCAUGAGCUCAUCGCCCCGUACACCCGUGUGCUGCCCCACGACAACAUCUGUAAGAUAUCGGAGGUGAUUAUGGGGGAGCGAAAUGUGUACCUCUUCUUCGAGCAUAGCUAUGGUGACAUGCACUCGUACGUGCGCACAUGCAAGCGGCUGCAGGAGGACGAGGCCGUGCGGCUCUUCGGCCAGAUGGCGGCAGCGGUCGCACACUGUCAUGAGAACGGCGUCGUUCUUAGAGACCUCAAGCUUCGUAAAUUCGUCUUUGCUGACGCGCAGAGGACGAAGCUGGUCUUGCAGAACCUGGAGGACUCGUGUCUCCUGAACGGAGCAGACGACUCUCUCACAGACAAGCAUGGCUGCCCGGCCUACGUCGGUCCGGAGAUCCUCAACUCCCGCCACUCUUACUCAGGGAAGGCUGCGGACGUGUGGAGCCUGGGGGUGGUGCUUUACACCAUGCUGGUGGGACGCUACCCUUUCCAGGACGUAGAGCCUGCAGCUCUGUUCAGCAAAAUCCGCAGGGGGGCCUUCACCAUUCCCGAGAGCCUCUCCCCCAGGGCUAAGUCUCUCGUGUGCUGCAUGUUGAGGAAGUCACCCUCUGAGAGGCUGGAGGCGCCAGACAUCCUGCUGCACCCUUGGCUGCUCUGCAGGGGAGAAGGUGUGGCUAGCCAGCAGCUCACCUCCAGACAUUGUGCAGACCAGGUAGUCCCAGACUUUGAAGAGAGCAAGGACAGAGACUGUUACUGAAGCCAGCGGAGCAGCAGAGUGAGUGUUCUCCUCCCUGCUCGCCUGCCAGCUUCUGCUAGCGUAGUAGGGUAUGCCGUGGUUCGCUUCAGAGGGUGCACGGUGGUCAUGCACAGGGCAGGGCUCAAUACAGCCCAGAUACCACAAAAAAAGGUGAACAGCAUGGCUGUUUGUCAUCAGGCAAAGAAUCUGAGAGGUUUGAGUCAGGCAGCUGGACUUUGUGGUCACUGCAAACGUUUAAGGCCACACUGGUUUGAUAACCUUAUCACACCUGGGAUCUACCUACCUGUGCACUUCUAAAGGAUAUGAAAAGGGCUGUGAAAAGGUGAAUGGCUCAAGUCGUGCGUUGGCCGCUUGAAGGAUUCAGUCACAAGCAGUUUAAUUGUCCAAAGCACAACUGGUCCUUCAUCAAAACAUCAAACUUGUUUCGUUCAGCAGUAUUGUGAUAUCUAUGUAUAUAUUUCUUACAGUGUACAUUUAAGCUGUUGGAAAGACCUCUACCUUGAAUCCUGGGAUACUUGAUGCACAGUAUGUGCCUUUUUGUAUGUACUGUUUACAUAAUUUGCAGUGGAAAAUACGGUUGACUAUUUAAAGUGCCUUUUUCACUAGUACAGUUGAUGUUAUGUUGGGUUUUUUCAAGUAACCUACCAAAGAUUUUAAGUUUCUUCACUUCUCAUUGUUUAUUGUGUGACUCCCUCAUAGGUUAGUUGAAGUGCUUAUGUUGGUUUUCCCAUGUGAAGAGCUAAAGUCUGAUGGUCUAUAUCAUUUGGACACAUACCUGUUUUCAUGAGAUAAAUCCUAGUGUUGAUUCACUCAGAGAACAUGGCAGAACAUGGAGAACUCUAUUCCUAUAUCUGUAGACCAGGAGCUGUACGUAAAGUCCAGCUACAAUUCUGCGUAACCUUUCAGGAUAACAUGUCCUCAGUGCCAGGGUUUUUUAUUGUUCUCUGAGGAACCUGUGAUGUCAUUGUAGGCAUGGUGACUUGGGUCAUGGAUAAGUUAAAAAAAACAAACAAAACAAACAAACAAAAAAAAAACAAAAAAAAAAGAAGAAAAAAAAAAUAGAAACCAAAUGACCUACGGCAUGAGUGCUGUCUGUUGUGUACAUGUUGUGGGUGGACUUAGUUAGACCCUGAAGAAUAUGGAGCGGUAGGUGACUGGCACCGCGGUAAGAUUCCAUGUAAUGGUAAAGUGGUGUGUCUAACACGUUUGGCAAACAAAGGCAUUACAUUAGUUGCCAGUAGUGAUGCCUGCAUGCAAUGCUUUGACUCUUGUUUGUCAAACUACUUUGUGUUAUUUGUAAAUAUGUUUUUGUUACCAUGACAUAAAAAGAACACUACAGUUUUCUCAGUUCAAAGGAUUUAAUUUUUUAUGUUUUGUUGUUGCCAGUACAAAUAAACAAAAGUUCAAAUAAUGCCUGUUUUUAUGAAUGUGCUGAUGGGUUUUGUCUCAUCUCAACUAACUCUUUAAAAUAAAAUGCAUACAAGCUUGUUGUCUCUUAAGCUGCCUAAAAGAGUCAUUUAAUAAACAGAAUUAGGCUAAAAUGUU